AUGAGCUUGUUGGAGGUUGUCCCCUGCGCGUUAAGCCUUAUCGCCGAACCAAAAUCCGACGACCCCAUUCUUCGCUGCGAGGUAGACCUGCAGGACUUCCUCUUCAACCCCCAGAAAGCCCUCGACCUUGCUUACAAAAAGCUACACGUAUUUCCCUUCAAGAAUGUGCAGGACCACUGGCGGCGACUCUAUACCGACGCGUCUAUUGUUAAGGCCUGCGUCAUCAUUAUCACCAAGUGCCGCCUGAGCUCGGCCAAACUCGACCAGCGACUCGAUGUCCCCCAACUUAUUGAAGAUUUGGAGAAGCCUCGGCCUUGCCCCAAAAUAGGGUCAAAUGCACCAUGGAUAUCAGAAGUGGUUGAAAUGCUGGACAUGGCCAAAAUCAUGACUGGAGCCCCCCGCCGCGAGGAGUUGAUCGAAUGUUUACUGGCUGCGUUGCAAUCGGCCACAGAAACCCCGAAGCCAAACGACGACCGCGACAGUGAUAGGGAGGAGUCGCGUUCCAAGCGCAGAAAACUAUCGCCUCCCCUCUUUCCCCCGAACGCGUUCCCGAGUCCUCGCAUUGAACACCCAAUCCCGCGUGUGUCGGCGCCGUCAUUCGAUUCCAUCGAACACCAUAUCCAGAAUAUUCGGACCCCUCUAGUAAUCACCGAUGCAAUUGAACACUGGCCAGCUCGGACAACGCGUCCAUGGGCUUCGCGCGACUAUUGGUGGAGUCGCACAUUCGCAGGCCGCAGACUGGUGCCCAUCGAGACGGGAAGGUCCUACAUCGACGAGGAUUGGGGACAGAAAAUCGUACCCUUCACCCAAUUUGUGGAUCAAUAUCUUUGGAAUGGCAAGGUAGCGCCCAGUGAAGCCAAGAAAGACGAAGAUCAGACCGAUCAUCACGAAACAGAUACGGCUUACAUGGCGCAACACGACUUGCUUUCGCAGAUACCUAGCCUGCGCGGUGAUAUCAGUGUCCCGGAUUAUUGCUACAUUACUCCACCAGGACCUGAGCCCGGAACACCGGUAUAUGAGAGCAAAAAGCGCGCAGAUGAACAAGCGCAGGCGAAAGCUCAAAUAUCUGAAAUGCGCCCGGACUUGAAGAAUCACCGAAAGGAUACCAAGGAUGAGGAUGAUAGUGCAUCAGAUAUGGAAUCACUCACUGGCCUUCCAAGUGACCCAUUGAUCAAUACUUGGAUUGGUCCUGCAUCAACCAUCUCUCCUCUGCACCAUGACCCUUACCACAACAUCUUUACUCAAGUUGUUGGCACAAAAUACAUUCGCUUGUAUUCGCCGCACACGCCUGCGUCUAAAAUCCACCCGCGGGGCUCGGAGGUGGUCACAUCUGAGGAUACGGCAGCUGAACCCGAUCCAGUGACUGGGGCUCGACCAUUGAUCAGUCAUUCAAUUGACUCCUCAAACACCUCCAAAGUGGACUUGGCCGCAAUUGAGUUCUCACCGGCCGAAAUCGAUGAAUGGGAGGAGAAGUGGCCCGGGUUUUUGGAUGCGGAGUACGUGGAAACUGUUCUCCACGAAGGUGAAUGCCUCUACAUUCCUGUUGGAUGGUGGCAUUAUGUUCGUGGUCUGAGGGCUGGCAUCAGUGUGAGCUUUUGGUGGCAAUGA